UCCCUGCUACUGCUCGCCAUCGUCCAGCUGGCCCACCAGUACUGUUACUUCAUGAAGCCGCUAAACUUUAGCAGCUGGGACACGCCCAACUAUAGGCUGUUUAUGAAAUUGCAUAUUCGCAACAAUUCAUUGUCAUCGGUCACAAUUGUGCACAAGGAAGUGGCCAUACCGAUAUGGCAUCUGGUUAUCCUCCAAAAUCCGAACAAGCGGCGCAACGGAAUACGAUCUGAUAUGGCACGUACUAUCUAUAAUUCUUCGAUCAAGACGUGCGAGUUUUGGAAAUAUAUACGACGCGUUACCGCCUGGAACAAUGCCGCCAAGUUGAUAUUAUCGGGCGGCGGCAGCAACAUGAGUCUUGACUGCCCCCUCAAGCGCGGCACCUACAUGAUGAACAUCAUCCAGGUGCCGCCCGACACUUCGAUACUGAAGUUCAUGUAUCAGCCGAAUGCGAUCUAUUCGGUGAUCGGCACCGUCUACUCCCUGAAUCCCAAAAACAGCAGUAAAGAGGCAAUUUGCCACUACGAGGUCAACACCACCAUUCUCAAGAACUGUUGACCGUUCAAGAAGUUGAAUAACUUUUUUUUGUUUUUUUUUUUUUUCACUAGUUCCUAAGCUGCAGCUAAAUAAAAAC